AUGCCUGACUUCCACGCGGUCCAGUGUUUCCAGUGCAGCGUGUUCCAGGUGUACGCCAUCAGUGGGAAAGCAUCAGACGUGCGCGGUGUGGUCACUAAGCUCAACGCAAGGCGACAACAGGCUGACGAGGCACGCGAUCAGGCGCUGAUCAACGGCGCUGACAAGGACGACCAUGACCUUCACAGUCAUGUGGAGCAGCAUGACACCGCAGGGACGGCUGAGGUUGCUGCAGACACGGCUGACAUAGCGGAGCAGCCCCCGCUGCCGGGCGCCGCUUGCUAUGUCACCGAGCUGCCAACAUGUCAGCGUGGUGCCGGCCGGCGGGACUUCGACAAGGCAGAAGAAGCGAUGCUAAGAAAGAGGCAGCGGCCAGCAGAUUCGAGCGGCAGGGGAUUGUCUGCGUUGCAGAGCAGGAACAGCCACAACAGCCAAGAUGACUGGCAGAGAAGGCCCCACCAGAAGCUCUGCCAGCCAAAUGGAGGCACCUCAUUGCAGCUAGAUGCAGCAGCGCGCGCUGGACCGAGUAUGGGGCAAGCAGCAGUUGUGGAGGCGCCCUCAGGUGUGCAGCAGAGCAAAGCAGGGAAGGCAGGUUCAAUGUGGGAUGCGUUUGAUGAGGAUGAUGCAUUCCCAGAGGCAGACCUUGGCACAGAUGACAGAAGUGAGCAUGCUGUCAUGGGAGACACAGACUACUUCUAA